AUGCCUUCUGCGGUCAAGAAAAGAAAGGUCGCGGCGCCUUUUUCGAGAAAUGCAGCCACCACCAAGAUUCAACCGUUGAGUUCCUUUACUACGAUUUCAAAAGCAGUUACAAAGGGUGGAGCAAAGUCAAUAAUUGAAAAGAAUAAACAAACGAAUGUGGCAUCAGUGACAGUAACUAAGUUAGAUAAACCUUCUACGAAUUUAAGAAAGAGAAAGUUGGAUACAGAAGAGGAAUCGAAUGUGAUUGAGAUAGCAACGACUGGUGCGACUGCAACUUCCACGACUGCGACUGCCACGACUGCCACAGAGCUUGAGAUACUUCCAUCAAAACCGGUCCUCCCGUCAAAAGUUCCACAAACACCGCACAAACUUAUCAAAACAUCCUCAAUCACUAUCGAUACCCCAACAAAAGGCGCGCGCACUCUGCUCGAUCGUCUCCUUCUACAAACCCCCAAAAGACCCGUCCAAAAAAGACCUUCUCUUUCGUCUCUACGAUCUAUUUCUUCGAAUUCUGGCACAGCGAUUCCGACUCUUCCUCUUGAACAUUCACAAAUUGACGCUGAAGGAAAGGAGGAGGAAGAGAACCAAAAAGAGGACCCCAAGGAACCACUCCCUACCGAACUCAUCGAUAUUAUGAAUCUUCACGCAGCACUUCUCACAACACUCACCCUUCACUGCGCUCAUAAUGGAUCCAAUGCACCCGCAGAUUUACGGAAUCUCUGUCCGGAUGUUGCUAGAGCGUGGGGAAAACGGAAGGUCAUGCUGGAUGAUGUCCGCCGGGCUCUUGGUGUCCUGAACUCUCAUGUCAAAAAUGACGCAGAAGAUCAAAAGCUUUCCACGAUCACUUUAUCAGAUUAUGGAUCCGGGAAAAUAUGUGUCGAGAUUGAAGCUGGGAAUGGCGGUGGAAAGGGUAAUAACUUGAGGCCGAUUGAUGAAGAAAGACUCAAUGGAAUAUUUUCGCAAAGAUUAAUAAGCUGGUGGGAAUUGAAAGGGGAGGAUGUUACUAUUGAGGACUUCAUCAAACAGUUACCAUCGGAGCCAAUCACACCUUGUUCUUCGCUCUCAAAAAUGACGCCCCUCCUCGCCAAGGGUCAACGACGACUGGAAGACAUGAAAGCCGGCAUUGUUGCUAAAAAGGAUCUCAGGAGAACAAAAUCAUCCCCCGCUCUCAUUCAAGCUGCGACUUCUACAGAUACUUCCUCGCCUCCCUCUACCGAAAAGAAACCUACACUUCUGGAGCGUCUCCGCGCAAAACAACUUAAACAAUCUCUCCUUCCUCAAGCGCCAUCUCCUGCGCAAGUAGCUCGCAAAUCAGCUUUAUCAAGAAUGGAGGAAGUUGUCAAGGUCCUCAGUAUUUUGAGUACGUCGGGAUCAGCUGGACAACAGAGAAUCUCUUUCACCAUGCCGACUUUAAUUGGUAAAUUGAAGGAUUCAUUCAAGACUCCUAUAUCGAAAGAUGAAGCAACUACUGCUGUGAAAUUAUUGGCGGUCGAGAUUGCACCGGAAUGGGUUCAAUUGGCUAAGAUUGGGAAGAUGGAAGCGGUGGUUUUUGAUAGGGAGAAGAAAAUUUUGGAGGAGAGUGUUAAAGAUCGGGUCAAGAAAGCCCAUGGUGCUUGA